AUGGCUAUGUUUUCAUCCUGUUCUCUUCCUUCCUCUUCUUCUUCAUCUUUUGGUUCAGCCAGAGUUGCUUUGAAGGCCAAAGGGAAGAAGAGAAAAGGGGCUCCGAGUUCCUCGAACUCGGAAAAGAAAAAGCCAAAGAAAAGGCAAGCCCGUAAACCCAAGGGGAGCAUCAUUGCUCUAUCUUUGGACUCAGUGCAUCGGCUAAGGGACGAGUCCAAAGAUGAAGAACAAGAGAAAUCAAAUCUAGUAGCCCGUGAGGAGGCUGAUGAGGGAGCCUCAGUCGAAGUUCCUAAACCAAAAGGAGUUGAGACCAUUCAGUCUCAAGCUGAGACGUUCGAGGGAGAAACCGGGUGCGAGGCUUCCCGGGUAGCUGAAGUGUCCCGAGGGACGAUCUCGGAGUGA